AUGCGCAUUGCCUUCUCUUCCUCCCUGGUGGCCUUUGCCGCUACAGCUGCAGGUACAACAGUCGAGGCCUUUUUGAAACGAUUUGAUCUAACAAUGUCAAUAUUAGGUCUCCGUAUCUUGACCCCUGCUAUCAAUCAGAAAGUCCCCCAGGAUGACUCUAUCACGGUCAGGUGGCAAGCUGUGUCGACCGAUCCCCCGACCAUGGACAUUUAUCUAGUCAAUCAGAAUGUGUACCCAAACACACAGGAGUUGGUAGCUUCAAAUGUCGACACCAGUUUGGGAAAAUAUUCGAUCAAGGCCAAGGAUGUUGGCGAUGUUGACACUGGUGGUGGCUACCAGGUCAACUUUGUUUCUCCGAGUGAUGGUGGCAUUUUGGCUCAGUCACAGCAGUUCAAAGUGACUCCAUCCAAGGCUGAGGCAGCCUCUAGCUCUGGUAAGGAAACCAGUACUGCUAGUGAAAGUUUGUCUACUUCUGCAUCUGAGUCGACUUCUAUGCCUUCUACUUCUGCGUCCUCGACUAUGAGUUCGACUUCUGCUUCUCAUACUUCUUCUGCGACAGCUUCUUCUACUUCUUCGAGCGCUACUCACUCCUCCACCAGUGCGUCUACCCAUACCACUUCUCCUUCAUCUACUACUUCACCUACUUCUACUUCUGCCUUUACAUCAUCUUCUAUGACGAGCCUAUCUACCAGUGCGUCCACCUCUCUAUCUUCCAGUUCGUGGACUUCAACCCCUUCAAGUUCAAGCACUAUCUCGUCAUCCUCUUCCCUGUCUACAUCUUCCCCAUCUUCAUCUAUGUCCUCCUCAUCUAUGUCUCGCACUCCAUCUUCUACAAGCACCGUUAGCUCCACUAUGAGUGCUACUUCUACCAUGACUUCCAUGACCACGUCCACUACCACCAAGCACACGAAAACCUCGUCGUCCACUGAGACCGCAUCGGCUACGACCUCGAAUGCAGCUGGCUACCUCAUGCCCCCGAACCAGGCCGGCAGCUUGCUUCUGGGCCUCUUUGCUCUGGCACUCUAA